CUUUUUCCUAUGACUCAAGCCAAAGCACGGAGGGGUGAUUAAGAAGAAUCCUCAGCGGCAUCAGCGCACCUCGUAUUAUUAUCAUUGAUUUAAAGAUAGAAAAUCGACAAUGGGCAGUACCGACUCAAAACUGAACUUCAGGAAAGCAGUUAUUCAGCUGACAACAAAAACGCAGCCAGUGGAAGCCACGGAUGAUGCCUUCUGGGACCAGUUCUGGGCGGACAGCACCACCACAGUCCAGGAUGUCUUUGCUCUGGUUCCAGCUGCAGAGAUCCGGGCUCUACGAGAGGAGUCCCCUUCUAAUUUAGCCACCCUGUGUUAUAAGGUAAACACAACAUGCAGAUUGCUAGCUUUGCCGGACUUUUUGGAAACUGCGUCACGGAUCAUUGCUUCCGAACAAUGUCACGGUCUCAGAUGUGGAAGUCACCUCCCUCCUCCUGCUUUCUUUUCCACUUCCUGACUCCUGCCCGAGGUC